AUGGCUGAUGUUCCAGCGCCAUCCCAUAAACGACAAAAAACCACGCCCACGUCCAAAGGGGGAGAUAGCAAUGCCACUGAGCAGCAUCCAAUCCAACGUUAUAGCACCACCCCAUCAGAGAGAUCUAUAUUCAAUAUGAAUGAACAUAUCUUUACUGAGAAAGUAAGUAUUGUGAGAGUGGGAGAGACGGCAGAGAAAUGGGAGAACUUUCAGAGACAAGUGGACGAAAUUGAAGAACUUCAAGUGGAAAGUCAAGAGGCAAAUUCACAGGAGUUCACCAGGACCGACGCUAAACUCGAUGAGUUCCAGUCAAACAUCAAAAUUAUCCGCACAGAGUACGAGAAGGUCCACUCAGAGAACCGAAAGCUUCAGGAGGAGACACGAGAACAAUUGAAAGCGUGUUUGCAAAAAACCGAAGGGAAUUUUACAGAUAUUGGCGCUAUCGCCGAGGACAUGAGAAUAGGGAAAGCUGACAAGAAACGUAUUGAUGAGGAGAUGUUCUCCCUGAAAGAAGGCUUUGACAAGUUCAAGAUACAGUCGCAUCGAGAUGUAGACUUGAUUGGAACUGAUUUUGAUCAGCUCCGACAGCGUGUCACCACUUUAGAGAAGAGAAUCGAAGCAGAGGUUUCAAAACGCGAAAAGUCUGAAACGGAGUUGGAAAAGAUACAGAAAGACUAUCUCACCCUGCAAAGAUCAGUGGAAACUUUAUCAAGCGAAGCAGAGCGCUGCAGUAAAGCUGAUGCCGAAAGAUUAGCUGAGUUUGCAAACAAGCUGAGAUCUGACAACGACCACGCCCUCAAAAGUCAUGCUGAGGCGUGCGAGAGGAGUUUUCAGACCAGGAUCGACGACUUUCAUAGCGAAAUGAACGACUUUAUCAUGGCCAAACUCGAGGGUUUGCAUAGCGAGUUCACAGAACACGAAGCGUGUGUUAUUAGCACGGUCACCGGAGUAAAUGCACGAAUGGACGAAGUCCAGGACACAGUCGCUGUCCAGUCUGCAACGCAACAGUUCAUAGACGAACUUCUCUCGCAGAACUAA